AUGGCAUCUCUUAGGAGCCAGGUCCACCCGAGAGUGACGGGCUAUAAAGGCGCGGACCACGGACGAUUCGACACCAUCGAGCUAGCUCGAAAGGAUAUGCAGUCCAGGAACAUCGGACACUUCGAGGAAGUGAUGGAUAUGGAGGUGAACGGCAAAAGGCCUGGCCCGCGCAAACGCAAAUACUAUGCGGUUGCCGGGGGAAGGCGCUCGGGGGUGUUUACGGACUGGGGCGAUGCGAAUGCUGCCGCCACAGGCACGUCUGCGUGUCAUGAAGUUUUCGCCACCCGGGAGGAAGCAGACAGGUUCAUUACGGCUUGGAAAGAUGCCUACGCGGAUACGUGGAGAAGACAGAUUAGAAUUGCGCUGGACAGUGGCUGGAAGCCCAAGGAUAUGGAAAUGGACACUGGGUUCCUCUUGAGCAAAGACUCUGAUGGGCUUCCAAAGCUGGAGAAUCUCAGCAUCGAAGACGGGCUCGAGAAGUGA